AUUCUUCAAAAUGUGAACCGUAUUCUAAUUACGUAAACGACUCAAAAUGCUGGGAAGAAGCCAUACUUCUUGCCGGAACAGAAAAAAGUAGAAAGUUCAAAGAUAUUGUAAAAUCCUGCAAUGUUAAGUAUAAAGCGGACGUGUCUUAUGAUGCACUAUACAGUCAUAUGUAUAAAGCCAGAUGCGGUCAAUUGCCUGAACCAAAGGACUUAGCUAGUCUCGGGGAGGAAUUAAAUAAACUAAUUAAAUAUGCAGACGACAGAAGCAAUCAAGAUGACGCAGAAAAAAAUAUAAUACAAACAUAUUUGAGUCGCAUGAAAGCCAGCAAUGAGAAAAUCGCCUUCCUAUUUGGCUCGAAAACUUCACUGUUAAAUGCGAAAACACUCUACAUUGAUAUUGGAUUGACGUUAAAGGUGAAGGAAUCUAAUGUCAACGUAAUUUCAUUUAUGGUGGAAAAGGAGAAAAGAGCCGCUGUUGUAAUGUGCGUCUUAUGCGAGGAUGUAAAUGCAGAGCUUUGUAGGAAAAUUUUGGAAAAAAUUGGAAAUUUAAAGAAAAAUACUAACAUGAAUUCCGACGUUCGAAUGUUGAAAACAUUGGAUGCAAUCGCUAAUGAACAAGAUGAGUCUGAGGGCAUCUUAGAGGAAUCGUUCAAAACCAUUAUUGGACCAUACAAUUUAAUACUCAUAGAAGCAGUGAAAAAAGUAUGGCCAAAUACAAAGUAUUAUUUGUCCCUGCACGAUUUUCAUCAGAUUUUAAAAACGAAAUGGUGCAGCUUGGAAAAUGACAAAUCGAUUCCAAGUAAUUUGUUGGCGAAAUCCUUAGCUCUGCCUUUUUUAGAUGCCCAAGACUUCAAUGUUGGGCUAAAAAUAUUAAUGAAAGACGCCAAAAAACUGAAAGAGAAGAGUUUUUCUGAAUUCGUAUACUUUAUAAAAAAGGAAUUUCAAAAUUUUGAAGAAUUAGUUUGUGUUGCUUCCUCUUCUUCAAGUAGGCGAAACAAUGUCUUCGAAAUCUCUUUACUGAGAUUAGAAAAAAAAAUUACGACCCAAAAAAGUCUCAAAACUCUUUGGACUUUAGUAGAACAUCUGACAUCAUUUCUAAUCGCAGAAGAAGAAAAACUGCAGAAUUUCUUAAAUGGAAAAUUUGUUCGAAAUUUUUCUGCAGUUAAUGAUCUCUUCACAACUAACAAAAUCCAAAUAAAUUCAGAGUCAUUGAGCCUCAAGGCUAAAAUCCGAAAAAUUACAAAGGGUUUAGAGGAUUAUGCUCAUUGUCCGAAAAAUGAACACAGAAAAUUUCAAGGUGGUGGCUUAUCCAUCGCAGAAAUCGCUCCAUUGAUAAUCUACGAAGAAGAAGAUGUAGGAAGAGGCGAAGCACAAUUCAAUGAGACUGUUCUUCCUUCUGCUGAUGACGAGCCUUCUGCUGUUGACGAGCCAUCGACAUCUACAGGCAUUACUGAGAAGACAAGGAGUCGUGGAAGAGGUCGUGGAAAAGGAAGAGGAAAAGUUACAGAAAGCGAGAGAGAAAUGGAUAAAAAAGGAAGAGGAAGACCAAGAGGAAGAGGAAGAGGGAGAGGAAAAGGAAGAGUCAAGAACAUCACAGUUUUUGAUGUAGAAAGUAAAAAGGGAUCAUCACCAUCGAAAUCGUCAUCAUCUUCGUCAUCAUCUUCGUCAUCAUCUUCGUCAUCAUCUUCGUUAUCAACUUCGUCAUCCGUGUCUUCAUGUAGUAGUAAAGAGUAAUUUUUAAG